GCUGGAAACAACGUAUCCCAAUGAUCAUGCGUCCGAGUGAUUCAUAUUUCAUGCCAGAAUAUGAAAUUUGAUAGCACGGAUUCGUAUUUCAUACCCUUCACUUCCGAACGAAAUGUCUCGAAUCCCGAAGAUAAUGAAAACUUGUCGGCGGCAGUAGUGCACGUGAAAAAAACAACGAGGCGAGUUAAUAAAAAAUCUGAGCCCUUGGACAGAAAGCCCGUCUUCGAGGACCCGGAGCCCAGCCCGUGCACUGCGAAAUACAGGAAGCGGUGGUGGCAGUAGGAAAAAAGUCGUAGCAAUCGUCGGACUGAGGCAUCGCCAUUGUGAGGGUGCUGGCCACGAGAUUUACGACACAUUAGUUCGAGGGCGUGUCGGGACGGCACCCGAAUUGAAACCCUUCGGGAUUGAAGCAGAAUCGUAGAAAUGACAGAUCCGCUGUUCUUGCUGGUCAAGCUGCCUUAUCAGGCACUGCGAGUGCCGAGGUUGCGAUUGAAAGCGCCGGCCUUGUCGUUGCCGUCGGCCUCUGCAGUUUUUGCUCUGGUUUUAGUCUCGUACUUUCUGGUCAUCUCCGGGUUCGUGUACGAUGUGAUCGUCGAGCCACCAGGGAUCGGGAGCAGACAGGAUCCGAUCACAGGAGCUAUCCGCCCGGUCGUCUUUCUGCCCGGUCGAGUCAAUGGACAAUAUAUUAUUGAGGGACUUUCAUCAGGGUUCAUGUUCGUGCUGGGAGGAAUAGGGAUCAUAAUGCUAGAUCUGGCCACUGAUAAGGCCAGAGCAAGAAGCGUUCGCCUCUCGUUCGUUGCUGCUGGAAUUUCUUUUGUUUCAAUCGCUUACACCAUGAGUAUUUUGUUUAUUCGCAUCAAGAUCCCUGCCUACCUGCACUAGAUCAAGAGCUGUCCACGGCAAACGUAUUCGACGACCGUCUAUGCCGGCAUUGUCUUGACAGUUCUGUUUCUUUGGUGACCUUUCUCUUCACAGUUCGCAUGCGGGCCUGCCGGCUCUGGAAGAAGAGGCUGAAUGUCAGCUUACAUGUAAUUUCUUAUGCUAGAUGCCAGGUAAAGAAAUCGGCUGAACAGUCAGUUCAGCUUUCAAGCCACUACAGUAGUUUCCGGUCCUUCCAAUUUCGGAUCAGGUAGGUGUCAGCCCCGGACUCAGCAUCACGGGAAGCCACACCUCAGUUUUGUACACGGAUUCUUUAUCUUCUUCAGGAAGUGAAAUACAUUCUCAGCUGGAAGGCAUGAGUUCUUGCAUAUGACUU